UUCUUCUUACCUAUAUAAAUAUAUUACAUGCACCAUUAUAAUUAUUUACAAACUUAACAUGUAUAUAAAAUAAUUUAUUAGACAUUUUCAUAAAAUUUUGAUCCACAAAAAAAACAAAAUAAAACAUUUGAAUAGAUGCAAGGAUCAUAUUCUAAAAAUGGUGGUAAUACAAUUGACGGUUUACAAGAUAAUAAAAUUUAAAAAUAUAAACUAUGAAAUUAUUAUGCUUAUAAAUUUUAUUAAAUAAUUAUUUAACACAUGUAAAAUUUUAAAAUACAUAUUAUCACUUAGAUAAAAUAAAUAUUUAUUUACAAAAAUAAAAUCAAACAUCUGCAAGGUCGUGGUUUAAAUGUACACAAAUUUAAACUCAUUUAUAAUUUCUUAUCGUUACAUCAAAUUUAUAUUUUUAUUUUAUUUUCAAUCUUAAUUUGUAUAUGUUCAAAAUUUCAUAGAAUUUUAACGAUCAUUUUAUUUUCUUACAAAUAUUAUAACUAAUGUUUCAUUUAUAAAUAGCAUACUAAUUCAUAGUUGUCUAUUUUUAUACUUUUUAUUAAAAAAAUUGUUAGCUAUAUAUCUUAGACAUGGAUAUUAUUAUAUAAAUUUUAGAUUUUUUAUAUAAUACCUAAUAUCGGUGAUACGUUUUACGCUAAAAUAUAAAAUUAAGUACAAAUAUAACAUUUACAUUUAAAAAUGUGACUACAUUAACAAAUAUAUCAUUAAAUACAAACACAAAUUAAAUACUCGCGCGGUCGCGCGGGUCAAGGUCUAGUUGGUCAUUAAUUACGGAAGCAAGAGACUUCACGUUAACAUAUGCAAUGGCUAUAUAAACUUGACAGAUUCUUUUUUCACUCUGACACUCUCCAUCUCUUAAAAACAAAAAUCACAAUAACAAUGGCAUUUGCUCUUAAGUAUUUUCUUAUGUUUCUACUUCUGUCUAUGGUUACUCAAGGACAAUGCCGCUGCGCUUUCAGUGACCUCCAGAUCGGCGCGGUGAGGACGGGGAGACAAGUUGCCGGACAACCGGAGUGGAAAGUGACGGUGGUCAACACGUGUAACUGUCCUCAGAAGCAGGUGACUCUCUCAUGCGGAGGGUUUGCUCCUGUGAAUCCUGUCAAGCCAUGGCUACUUCGCCCACAAGGAAGGACGUGUCUUCUGAUUAAUGGAGAAGUUAUGCCAGCUGGAGCCACAGCUGAGUUCGCUUAUGCCGGCCAGCCUUACAUCUUCAGACCCGUCAGCUCCAGAGUCAAAAUAAGUUGCAUGAAUUAAUUUCUUUUGCUAUUACAACUUUCUGAUUCAUGUCUGUGAACAAGGUUAUAAGGUUUCUUGCGUCUCAAGCAAUAUGACUUUUCUUUUUGCCAAGAUAUUGAUGUGCGCAUCCUUAUUUGUGAAACUUCGAGUUACAGACAGAAAAGGUUAAGCAUUUCACAGAGAAACAAAGUAUUAUAUCAUUUCCUCUCCAAUUCAUCAUCUUCAUCUCUGCCUGACGUGCGAAUGCGAUAUUUGUUGUGUCUCAUGGUGACAACCAACACGUAGCUCGUUUUGGUUUUUGCUAUUAAAGUGACAGAUGUUACCAGAGCUGUUGGGUAUAAAAGGUCCAAAACGAAGAAAAAUACUUAUUAGGCCAGCAGAAACAUAGGCCUUCAUUUAGGCCCACAUAUUAUAAUGACCAACUGAUUUUCAAACGUAGCAUUAUACACAACACAAACUCUUGGUCAACCUUAAUGGUAGCAUAAAAUCGUCAAAAUAUAAAUCUAGUUACACAAAUAAUUUAAAUCACGUAAAAUAGUUAAAACUUAAAAGUCCUAAAUACUCCCUCCGUUUUUUAAUAUAAGUCGUUGUAGAAAAUUUUUUUUGUUCCAAAUUAUAGGUCGUUUUCGGUUUUCUAUGUAAAAUUUAUUAGUAAUUAAUGUUGUAUGACCAAUGGUAAUAUAUCUUUUAUUUUUCUAUUGGUUGAAUUGUGGUUAAGUAAAUAAUUAAUGAUGUUUUUGUUUAGAAAAUAUAAGAAAUUAAUGGUUUUCUUAAUCUACGUGCAUAAUUGUAAAACGACUUAUAUAAAAAACGGAGGGAAUAGUAUUUCUUCUAUUUCAUAUUAAGUGUUACUUUAAUCAUUUUAGAAUUCAAAUGCAACUUUCAGCUUAAAAUUAAUUGUAAAUGCAUUGAUUUUAUAAAUAAUACUAUUGGUUGAAUACGUUUAAUUAAUAAAAAAAUUAAUACAUUUCAAUCAUUUUAUUAAUCAGUAUGAAAAAUGUCAAAAUGACAUUCUUUAUGAAACGGAAGGAAUAUUAUCAUAUAAUAGAAAACCAAAUUUAAAUUUACACCAAAAAAAUUGAUAGUCACAACGUUCCGGUAUGGUCCUCUGUAUCUCCAUGCUCGGACCGACACAAACCAAUAAGAAAACGUGCACGUGGGACGGUGGAAGAGUCUGAACUCUGAACAUUGCCAGUCCUACAUGUUACGACUUACGAUGAAUUUGCAUUGAUUUAAAUCCACAAAAGUAUACUAUCAACCACAAAAACCAACUUGAUUUGGAAAGUUAACGUUACCACUUAUCUGCAUGCAAUAAUUCAUACAAAGACAAAGGUUAAGCCCAUCUCUCCAAGAAACAAAGUCCUAGAAGAAAAAUAAGCAAGAGCAGAAAAAUGGAUACCAUUCAAACAUAACCCAAGAACAUAAACAAACUAGUUUUAUAGCCACAAUCUUCCGGUUUGUCCUUUUUCUCUGCUCGAGCUUGCGAAAAGACAAACAAAACCAGCUAAAACUCUUGCACGUGGAAUACUCUCAACGAUGGUGUUACAUUUGUUUAAAUCUACAAAACGUUGUGAGCCACAAAAAACACUUGUUUUUGAACGUCAACGUCAUCAACUUUCUAGUAUCUUCUUACCUAUAAAUAAUUGAUACAAAAACAAAGCUUAAGCUUAUCUCUCCAAGAA